CAAGAAGCAGCAUGCAGAAAAAGCUCCGCAAGACAACACUACAGCCGCUCGACGGGUGUUGAAGCUCCGGAGGCAGCAGAGCUUGUUGCGGAUUACAAUGAUUGCCACAACUCAACAAAACAUGACUACGGAGCUGGACCUGGGGAGUUCAGAUGGUCCCCCGCGGAACUGGAAGGGCAUAGGAAUAGCCAUGGUGGUGAUCCUGGCUGUUAUGUCACUGGUUAUUCUCUCUGUCAUCCUCCUCACGCCCGAUGAAUCUCACUUAUUACUCCGCUCCCAUCUCACUAUGGAGGAUCUGGAGAGGGCCGAGUUCAAAGUUCACAACCCUUGUGCGGCAUGGUUGAACGAGAACGAAGUGGCUCUCCGUACGAGAGAAGGACAAGUCCUGUCGUUUACCCUCAACAGCAACAUCACCUCGACUCUCGUGGACAACAGCUCCCUGGACCUGACCACUACUAAAUUUGAAGUGUCUGCAGACAAGACGUCUGUCCUCCUGGCGUAUAACAUUCGACCGGUGUUCUCUCAGUCCUUCACAGCCUCCUAUGCUAUCUACAAUGUGGCCGAUGGGAAUCUGCUUGAGCUUAAUCCCCCGGAGAGGGAGAAGGCAGUGCUACAGUACGCUUCCUGGGGGCCUCAGGGGAGCCAGCUGGCCUACGUGUUUGACGGAGAUAUCUACUACAGGCCGAGUGUGAACAGCAAAGACCUGCGCCUCACAACCACCGACCUGGAGCAGAACGUGGUGAACGGGCUCUCUGACUGGACUUAUGAAGAGGAAGUGCUUCUGACAUACGUGGCCCACUGGUGGUCCGGGGACGGGGCCCGGCUGGCGUACCUCGCCAUUAACAACUCUGCCACACCUGUGAUGGAAAUACCUCACUUCCUCGGUGGUCUCUACCCCUCCAAUGUGCUCUUCCCCUACCCCAAGGCUGGGUCAAGUAUCCCAUCGGUCAGUCUGUUUGUGGUGAAUCUGUACGGUCCAGCUCACACUCUGGAGAUGAUGCCUCUGGACUCCCUCAGGGCCAGAGACAGCUACAUCUCCAUGGUGACCUGGAUCAGCAGCACCCGCCUCGCGGUUCGUUGGCUGAAUCGUGCCCAGAACCAAUCGGUGCUCUGCGUGUGCGAGGCCACCACGGGGGCUUGCUCAGAGAAGCACAAAAUGGCCAUGGACAUAAUGCAAAACGACCGACAGGAUGUGCCGUUGUUUUCAGCAGACGGCUCUGUGUUUUAUACCAUUUUGCCAGCCAAGCAGGGCGCUCGAGGAGAGUUUCACCAUAUUGCUGGUCUUUCCGCACAGGCUGCCAUCCCCUCCGUCCCCGCUCGCUUCUUGACGUCCGGGAGCUGGGACGUCGUUUCGCUCUGUGCCCUCGACAAGAAGGCUGGAAAAAUCUAUUUCCUCAGUGCAGAGGAAUCUCGACAGAGCAGACACCUGUACAGUGUGGACCUGGAUGGAGUGUUUCAGCGCCGGUGCAUCUCCUGUACUCUUAUAGACGGAUGCCGCUUCUUUAAAGCUGAAUUCAGCCCCGAUCAAACCUACUUCAUCCUCUAUUGUCUAGGCCCUGGAAUACCUAAAGUGACGGUUCACAGUACAAAGGACCCCUCCAGAUAUGUCAUUUUGGAGGAUAACGGUCCUCUGUCUAAAGCUCUGGAGGACAAGAGACUUCCUGAGACUCUGUUCAGGACACUUCCGGCAGACAACCAUGAUCUACACCUGAAACUAUCCCUACCUCAGGGUUACGAGGCCAACCUGCACCCCCUCCUCGUCCUUGUGGACGGGGUGCCUGGCAGUCAGUCGGUGACGGAGGAGUUUUCCCUCGACUGGCCUCAGGUCCUCUCCGGCACUCACAAUGUGGCCUUGGCCUGGGUGGACGGGAGGAGUGGGGUCGGCCGCGGACAGAAGACCACCACCGUUGAUCCGCGCAAGCUUGGCUCAGUUAGAGUCAAAGAUUAUCUUGGAGUUGUAGAGCUAUUGAUGCAACUGCCUUACAUUGAUGAUCGACGGAUAGUCCUCUAUGGCAAGGCAUUUGGCGGAUAUUUAACCCUGAAGAUGCUAACUGCUACAGAUAAGGUCUUUCAAUGCACGGCCGCUGUGGCACCAAUAACUGACUUCAGGCUUUAUAGUGCUGCAUUCUCAGAGAGGUAUCUGGGCCUUCCAGCUAAGGAGGAGCAUGCUUACUCGACUGCUUCAUUGCUGGAGGAGGUUAACAAGCUAAAAGAUCAGAAUUUCCUUAUUCUCCACGGAACCGCAGACGCGAGGGUACACUUCCAGCACAGCGCAGAACUCUUGAGCCGACUGGUGAAGGUAGAAGCCAAUUAUACACUGCAGCUGUAUCCCGAUGAGGGCCACGUUCUGAGGGAGGCGCACAGCAUCCAGCACUUCCAGCGGACGGUGGUGAACUACCUCCAAUCCUGCUUGAAGCACAGCACCUUCCUAGAACCCGUAGAGGAUGACGAGGAGGAAGAUGACUGAGCCCAGAGCCCCUUCCUGCCGUCUCUAAGGACUAUCUUUGGACUGGAGGCCAUCUUAUGCAUCACCUUGGGUUCAGAUUACCAGGCACAAGAGCAAAGGAGUGGGGACCAAACAUCAUAUCACGUCCUUCAACUUCUGGAAAAUAUUUUUGCACAAAUUUAUGUUUUCUGUUAUACUGUGUGACAGUUUGUUUACAAAAUGUACUUCAGCUAGUGUGUAAAAAAAGGCUACUGAUUCUGCCACACCUUUACAAAGAUUUUGAAACGUGCAUGUCGUACUGGCUGCAUGAUGUGGAUUAGUUUACAUAGAGUUGACCUGGGUUUUGCAGAUUUAUAUUUCACCCAUUAGGGUUAAAAUUAUGAAAUCUGCCAGCAACAGGGAAUAUAUUAGGGAAAAAUCCUUAUUACUGGAUCAUGAUUUGUACAAGUUCCAUUCCUACAAAGUAAGAAUGUACAAUACAUACAAGAUAUUUUAAUACUGAACUAUAAGAUAACAUGCAACUUGACCCCGCUGGUCACAGACUCAUCAGAUUCUAUAUGAUAAAUCUGGGUUAUUUCAGGUCUUUUGAACAAUGUAUUUCCUGCUUAAAUGACCCAUAUGGAUUAUUUCUAAUGUGCCAAAUUUAUUUUGGGGACUUGGGGACUAUUCACUUGUUGUUUUGCAUCACUUGCAUUUUGUGAUUAAGUGAGCAACUGUGACCAAUAACACCACAAGCUCUGGUUCAAGGACGAUUGCAAGAGCGUCUUUUUUUACUGUAUUUCAAAGUACAGUAUGUUUCUGUUUCGCUACAUUACAUCAUUUAAAAAACAUUGUGAAGUGCAGAAAUAAAUGAGUCUGGGUCUUGACUAUUAAACUAUCAACCAAAUCAUAAA